AUGAGCCAUGCACACAGCAUUGCGCUGACCCUGCUGCCGAGCCAUCUGCAUUCCUUGGCUUUGGUCUUCAACCGCCGUGGCCAGCAGACUUUGUAUCUUUUGAAAUCUGAACUUGAUACUGGUCGCAUCUAUGAUCCCAACGGAUGGAUCCACUGGAAGUAUUGCAGCGUGGCCAAAGAAGGUUUCAAUCCUGGUGUUCGGCCUGAAGCCGAGAAGGGAGCCGGUGGCAGACACUUGGGGAUUGUCAAGUGCACUCUGCCAAGCGGCAGCGUACUGGCUGACCCGGAGGAGAUUGCUUUGGAGCUCCCGGGCUUCAGGGUGCAAAACCACAAUCUGCAGUGGUUGCUGAAGAGUUCUCACUAUGAUGAAGCUGCCAACAGGAACGUGAUGCGGAACCCUGGUCUUCACAAGGAUGUAUCAUGGGGCGUUCUCAGGCACAAGAUGCUGCCACGUGUCCUGCUCUACAUUCUGUCUCAGCCGUGUGAUCUGGUGAAAGUGAGGAUCUUUGAAGAACCUGAUGCUGAUGAUGGUGUUCCGCCGGAUGGUGUUCUUCCUGAUGGUGUUCCUGCUGUGGAUGGCUCUACUGCUGUGGAUGAUGGUGAUGCAGUCAUGCCACCACCUCCAGGGCCCAUGCCACCGAAUCAUCCUCCUCCACAAGGUGAUGCAGUCAUGAGGCAUGUGCUGCAUUACAUGUGGGCUCCUCACGAGUUCAAGGCUUUGCAGCCGUGGAUCCAAAAGGUGAAAAAGAAUGAGAAGGAGGAGACAAAAGGGCCGCCCCAGAAGAUGCUUUGCACUCCAUACGAGAAGCAGCUGAAGAAGAUGCCAGGUGAUCUUACUAUGCUCAAGGAGGUGCUCCAUUCGAUGCAGCUGCUGAAAGCUGACGCUGCAGUGUUUGAGGGUGAGUUGCAUCCAGGUGAUGCUGUGUUCACGGCCUUGUCUGGAAGCAAUCAUGAGGUUUCAGUGGCCAACGCAAUGGCUUUGCAAUCCUGGUUCCAAGAAUAUGCUCAGAUGCGUGCUUCAAAGGGUCGUCAAGUUGCCUUCAAAGAAAUCAGCAGUUUUGCCAUUGAUGCGGAGAUGGAUGGCGAUGUGGUCAAGAUUCCCAUAAUCGCUCUGGUGCAGAGCCUUCCGACCGAUGGGCUGCCGGUCCUUGAAGACUGGCUGACAGUCUGGGAACAGAUGGUGUUUGCUGGAGUCGACUUGGCUCGUAAAAUGGAAGUCAAACCCUUGAGCAUCGACAUUGUGAAGGGCUUACUGAAGGACCCAAAGUUCAAGAAAGGAGAUUUGAAAUAUUUGAAAAAUUUGAGAAAGAAAGAUUUGAGCCCCAACAGCCAGGAGAUGUUGAAGAAAGUUCGCAAAGCUCGGAAUGUUCAGAAUUGGACCGCUUGGCGCAACAAGUAUGCCUCAAAGGGUGUGCCCAAAUCUUGGGGCGCUGAUGGAGCUGCAGGUUCAAGCUCAGUUGGAGAGCCAGUUCAUGCAGAGCCAGUUCCUGCAGACCCGUACCAGCCGCUCACCCUCAAGGAUGCCAGGGAAAAGUUCAUGAAAGACUUCCUGAAGGAGAAUAAGGAGGGGACCGUUCAAGAGAAGUUCAAGGCAGGCAACAAAGCCUGGAUGGAGAGUGAAAUCAGGGCUCGUAUCAUGGCAGCCAAAGCGGGCAUCGGAUCUGUAGUGGGUCCAAACGAGAAAGCCGCGGUCAAGGAGCGUAGUUUUCUGCUUCCAGAGGAGCCAUUGCCACCUCCAGAGGAGGGUUGUUUUCCAGAGGAGCCAUUGCCAGAGGAGCGUUUUCUGCUUCCAGAGGAGCCAUUGCCACCUCCAGUGCAGCCAGUGGAAAACUUGCCACCUCCAGUGCAGCCAGUAGAAAACUUGCCACUUCGAGUACAGCCAGAGUUGCCACUGACAAACUUGCCACCUCUAGAUUCAGAGUGGCCGCCAUUGGAUUCCGAUUCAGAUUGUGAUGCAGAAACCAGUGACAGCCUUGUGGUACACUGCUCUGAUUCGGACGUCUUUGAGCGCUUGACCUGGGUCCAUCAUCAAGGUGAUUGGAGAUGUGUGAUGACCAAGCAUGUUCAAGAGAUCGCAAUGAACCUGGAUUUGCAUGAGACUAUGGAUUGGUUGGAAUAUUGA